AUGUCUAUUUAAAAACGCAAGAGAAUUUUUGAUUCCUCUGAUGAUCAUUCGCCAAUAAGAAUUGUUUAGAAAUAUUGUGCUGCUAAUUUGUGUUUUGAUGAGGAUACAAAGAAUCAUUUUAUCAAAGAAAUCGAAGAUAGAAAAAAGAAAAUUAGCUCAAUAUAGGUUACCUUUACAAAAGAGGAAGUUGAUAAAGUGAGAGAUUAUACCUUAAACAAAUUAAAUCUUACAGCUUAACAAAUAUAGAAGCAAAUAAACCAAAUUAAACCAACAGAGAUUAAUCAUAAAACAUUUGAAGAAAGAGCAAUUGAUUUUGAAAACAAAAGAAAUAAGAUAUAUACAAAAUUCUAAGAAGAUAUAAAAGUUAUUGAUUAAUCAAUCUCAAAUUGUAUCACCGAUUAAGAACUCUAAUAAUAAUUAUCAAAAUACAAGGUACCUGCAACUUGCAUUACAAAAUGGACUUGUGAUGGAUUUUUAGAAUAAAGUUUAGCUGAAAUUUAAAGCUUUUCUACAGAAAUCCAUAAAUAGUUGAAUGGGUAUUCAAAGUAAUUGUAACCUCCUCCCUCAUCCGAUAUUUAAUAAUUAAAUUCCUUAUUAGAAUCAACCAACAACUACGAUGAAUUGUAAUGUGAUAUGCUUGAAUUAGAAAAACAAAUGGCAGAAUUUUAGAAGUAACUUGAGCUUGAAGUUUGA